AAAAUUAAAGUCAUUAUUACAUUCAAGGUGGCUGGGAUUGUAGAAAAGUAAAGAAGGUUACGAUUUUGAUCCAUUAUUUGCAAAACUUUAGCGUAUUUUCGAUAUGUGUCAGAACACAAAAAAAUUAUCGAGCAUUCAUGCUAAAACUUGAAAUUGUAAAAUUCUAAUUACGAUGUUGCAGUUUCCGGGAAUUAUUUUAGCAUCGAUUGUCAUAUUACUGCCUGGAUUGAAGAGUCAGUGUGUUGACUGCAAUUAUCUUUGGAAUGGCAAAUGUGAUACAAAUGAAACGGGAUAUUUUUGUGCAAUGGGCGCCAGUAUAAAUGAGAAAAUUUUAAAACCGGAGGAUUAUUUGACCAGUACACCAGAUCCCUUCAAUCUAUACUCCGAGUGUGUGCCCUAUCCUUACGAGCUAACUUAUGUACAGGAUUAUUGUUGUUUCUGGUCACAGAAAGUUGGCUGUCGGCUGACGUUACACCCUGAUAAGUUUCAAUUUGGUAAUCCAACAAGACACUGUAAAAAGUGUAGGAGUAGAUGUCCAUGUGACAGUCGCGGUGAAUCCCUACAACCCCUGACCUGGUGUACACUAUGUAUUCUUUCGAUUAUGUUAGUGCGAUUUUUUUGAAGAAAAUUUUAUUGUAAUUUAAAGUAUUUUUUCCAGAGUUAUUGUCCAGUAAUGUUUGUCGCGUAGCUUUGAAAUGUGUUUAACCCAGAACUGUAACUAUAAAAAUAUUAUAUUAAAAUAUAUAUUUUCGCCAUUUUA